AUGAAAAACGCCGCUCUUCUACUCGUGGCCGUGAGCUGCCUCGUCCUCCAUGAAGUAACCGCUGGCGGCUGGGGCGGCGGCGGCGGCGGCUGGGGUGGCGGUGGCUACGGAGGUGGUGGCUACGGAGGUGGCGGCUACGGAGGCUACGGAGGUGGCAGUUACGGUGGCAGCAAAAGUCUCAGCAUUGGCAUCAAUUUCCAAAAGAGCAGCUACGGCAGCUUUGGGUAUGGAGGAUACGGAGGUGGUGGACACGGAGGAUAUGGAGGUGGUGGACACGGAGGCUACGGAGGUGGCGGAUACGGAGGUGGUGGAUACGGAGGAGGAGGGUAUGGAUAUGGUGGCGGCGGCUACGGAGGAGGCUUCGGGCAUGGACAUCAUGGUGGUCUCCUUAAGCACAAGUAA